AUGGUCAAGGAGCUGAUGCAAAGCCAGCCAUCUGCACAACGCCCACAUGCUGAACCAUCUCCUAAGCCAAUCACACCACCUGCAUUACUUCAGGAUGUGACCAACAUUGACAGUCAGGCAAAGGCUGAUCACCUUGCAUAUGUUGGAUCUACACAUUGGUCCGCCAUCUUGGACGACAUUCAAGAGCUGAAGGCCGUGUUAGGCAAAAGCGUUGAAAAUCAAGAAGAUGAUGAUUCUGCUGUACCCGAAACACGCGAUCUAGGAAGCGAGGUAAUCUUUGGAUCACCAAUGGGGUUUUCCAUGCAGCAGAUUAUCUCUCGAUAUCUGCCCCCUAAAAUCGAGGUUGAUCGGCUUGUGUCGCUCUACUUUCAGGGCAAGACAUUCAUCGCCCCUUUCAUUCACACGCACCAGUUUCAGCGCCAGUAUAGUGAAUUCUGGGCCGAUACUUCAAAAGUGCACCCACUUUGGCUUUCUAUGCUGUUUUCAAUUUGCUAUACCGCUUCCAUCAUCAAGGAACGAGUCCGCUCGUUUCAUGCUUCUCAGAAUGAGUCAUCCGUUGGUGACCAUGCUUUACAUAUCGCUGCAGGACAAUGCCUCGUUCUAGGAGAGUAUAACCGACCACAACAGCUGGGUUUGGAGGCUCUGGGUAUGUAUGCAAAUAGCAAAAAUCUCAGAAGUCUCGAUCCUUGCCGAGAAGCUGGAGCAUUGCUCGGUAUGGUUGUCAGAAUGGCGUACGAAAUGGGCUAUCAUCGAGACCCGGAUUCAUUCGGAUCAUUUACCGUGUUUGAGGGCGAGAUGCGCAGAAGGCUCUGGGCCUCCGUUGUCCAAAUGGAUUUGAUGAUGUCCUUCAUGCUUGGCCUCCCGAGCAAUAUAUACCUCGAGACUUGUGACACCAAAGCUCCGAGGAAUUUGCUAGAUUCCGAUUUUGAUGUCGAUACAAAGGUCCUUCCAGAGGCUCGAUCCGAACAAGAAGCAACGAGGUUGUUGUGGUUCAUUGUCAAGGUCAGACAAAUGCCCAACUUUUCCAAAGCGAGUAGGGAUGCUUUGUCAUUUACCGAGAAUUCCGAGGCGGAGAUUCUUGCGCUCGAUCAAGACAUUCGACAGAUGUACACGACAAUACCUGAUGUCCUGAGAACUCGUCCCCUCUCGGAGUCUCUUGCAGAUGAGCCAUUCCUUAUCAUGACCAGAGUUUAUGUCGAAUUCAUUUAUCUGAAAAGCAUAUGUGUUCUCCAUCGAAGGUACAUGGUCAGAGGGGAUGCCUUCAGCACGAGAUCCUGUGUUGAAGCUGGAAAACAAAUCGUUAGCAAUUUCAUUGAAAUGUAUAGGGAAUUUUCACCUGGAGGCCAAUUAUGCACGGAACGGUGGAUGCUGAGUAACUUUACUGUCAACGAUGUCCUGCUUGGGGUGAUGGUUCUUUGUCUCGUCCUCCACAGGCGGCGAAAGUUUGAGGGCCAGGCAGACCCGACGUUUCAAUACACGAUUGACGAGGCCAUUGAACACGAGAUCUUUGAACUGCUUGGACAAGCACAUGCAAUAUUAGCGGAGAAAUCGCAGGCCAGCAGGGACGUGCGACGUGUUUCGCAUGCAGUACAGCUAACGCUAAGGGGCUUCAAGUCAUCGUCGAAGCUCUCUUUCCGUACCCAUGAGCCCUCAACCGUACAGGAUUCGCAGCUUACAAUGUCAGAGCCGGCAGCUCACGUUGCCCAAGACAUCCCACUGGAGACAAUGGUGGACAGCGUGAAUCGUGUUUCACUGGCAAGCUUUCCCCUACAAGGCCAGCAGUCACGAGCAUCACAACCCCCAACAACACCGCUCCGAACGGAUAGAAAUAGCUACUCUAUGCUGCCAUUCGAAGCUUUAGACCCUUUCAACUUCAUGACCGAUGUGGAUAGUAUUGACUGGAGCCAAUUCGAUCCAGAUAUCGAGGCAUUUGAUCAACCUUAUGAUACAAGGAAUAUGAUGGGCUACAUGGCUCCCUAG